UUCAUUUGAAAGUAACGUUACAAAUUUCACCUUUCAAAAAUUGUCAUAAUAUCUUUUGAAAUUGUCAGAGUGCCCUUUUUUCUUCAAAAGUAGAAUUUUUAAAAGUUAGUAGUAUCGGUCAUAUCCCUAUAAUUCUUAAUAUAAAAUCUUAAUACAAAUGUGCCUAGGCACCAGACUCUACACCGCCUCCUUUUUGAAGUAUUGACACAAACAGUAAAGAUGGUGGAUCGCUUGGUGAACAGCGAGGCGAACGAGAAGCGCAUCAGUCAUGUUCAGGCUUGCUUCGGCGGUUCAGGCCAGAUGCUGCUUGCGCCGGGGCGUGUUCUGGUCGGUGAAGGAGUUCUCACAAAACUCUGUCGGAAAAAGCCCAAACCACGACAGUUCUUCCUUUUUAAUGAUCUUCUCGUCUACGGCAGUAUUGUAAUGAAUAAGAAAAAAUACAGCACCCAGCACAUUCUACCCCUUGAAGAUGUCAGGUUAAAGUCUGUUGAGGAUGAUGGCAAUCUCAGAAAUGGUUGGCAGAUUAUCAGCGCCACCAAAUCCUUUACCGUUUACGCUGCCACGGCAACAGAGAAAUCAGAGUGGAUGGCCCACAUCAACAAGUGUAUCUCAGACCUACUUGCCAAGAGUGGAAAGAAACCAGCCACCGAGCUGAGUCCUGUGUGGGUGCCAGAUUCCGAAGCCCCUCUUUGCAUGCUUUGUAAGAAAUCCAAAUUUACGGCUCUCAAUCGGCGGCAUCACUGUCGGAAGUGCGGUAAGGUCGUAUGUGGCCAGUGCUCUGCUAAAAAGUUCCUGCUGCCUCAGCAAUCCGUCAAGCCACAGAGGGUUUGCAACGAUUGCUAUGAGCAGCUCUCCUCAGGCCAGAUGAGUGCUCAAGGCAAGAAUCCUGCCGAUGGCAAACGCCAAGGCAACAGUUUAAAUUACGGCCAUGAGGACGACUCCUCAGGAGACGAGUCUACCGAUGAGGAUGAAGACGAGACGCCUGGUGACAUGGCACCGGUUGAAGACGAGCAUCCAACAUUCUACGAAGGCAACUACAAGUAGCCGGCUUUCUUGGUCAUAUUCACUGCAGACCAAGAGCGCCCUCUGUUGUCAGCAUCCUCAAGGCUUUUGUGACUAACAAUUCCACAUAUGUAUCCUUGUUACGUAUUUAUACAUUGAUUUGAAGAGUCAGUAUGAUUUUGAAUACACGAGAAAAAUACCCAACACUUUGUUUUAUUCAAUCCAUGUAUGUAAAAUAUAUAUUUUUGUGCCCAUCGUGACGAAAACCCCACACAUAGUUACAGGCUGGAAAGAAAUUGUUUGUACAUGUAGCAAAUGAAUACCUUUGGUGUAAAAAUAUGUCAGUCCUUCAUUUGGGAAAACCAACUGCAGGAAAAAGAAAUAAGAUUUUUUGGCAAACAAACUUUGGAUUGUUAGCCAGAAACAUGUCGUUCUUUAGUCAGAAAAUUAUGAAAUGACAGAAAUCACAAGGCUUAGUGGGUGAAAUCACUACCUAACAUUUCACGAUUUCUGACUAUUUGGCCAUAUUUUUUUCCAAACAAGAGAUGCACUUGACAAACUGUGCAAACCACAAAUGAACGUUAUCUACCAAACACAUGCUACUUUAAUAACCUUUAUGACACUAAUGUUUACUGAUUGUGUUUUCUACAAUGCGUAAGAGGACACGAUGAGACUGGUUGUAAGUCCCCUACAGAAAGUUGAUACCGUCUGAGCACAACUCAGUUUACUGCGUCAAUGUUUCUUGUAAAUGUAAGAGAGAUACUCAUAUAUGACAGUUUUGAGGUCAGAAAAGAACUGUCUUGGUGUUUUUCAACAUUCUGUAGGUUUAUUUUGCUUUGUUAAGUUCAUGGGGGGAAAAAGCCUGUUUUGCUAACGAGAUAGCCAGACGUGUUAUGUGUUUCUAAGCAGUGUUGAGGUUAAGUCCAUCUGAAGUCCCAUCUCAAGUCAUCCGGUGUGAAGCAAAGUCACAAGCGAUUGGAGUGAACUAUACAAAAGCAUUUCACGGUCAUUGUUCACCCUAUCCGCUCCGAGCGGAACAAAAGAGGGCGUGUUUCUUUUGGUACUCACCGUGUAGACACGCCAUCAGACGGAGCAUGCUGAAUACCGAGUACGUGUAACUAAUUUACUUCAUCAUGUAUCGUCUUUGUAUACACGUAGAAGCUUGCAAGAACCCCCUUGUAACCACCUGUCUUUUUUCGCCAAUUGGGGGCGCACUUCAGCUCGGGGCAGAUUACCUGUGCCCAGAUUUCACCUGGUGACUUUUAGAGACGUGUAAACUAUAAUCCUCAAAGAUUGUGGCAAUUCCCGCGUCACACCACAGUGUAGGCACUGACUUCACGUAAGACCAACACAAAAGACCCCAUCACUGUUUCAAUUGAAUAAUCAAGGACAAGAUGGGGCAAAGUCAGAAAAAAUGAACUAAAUCCCAAACAUGUAUUUCAGUGAGUCUCUAAAUAAUAUUUUUGGUGUAAAACUGGAAGUUAUUGUAUGUAAUGUACAUGUACGU